GCUGACGCGAGCACAUUGGCGGAUGACUCAAACCUGCGUCAUACAUGGUCGUGAGUUGCUCUAGUAAUGGUUUUCUUCUUCUGCGUCCAUCCUGUCCGGGGGCUUUGCGCUGCGCACCAUCACAACCACGUGGAAAGCAAAGACGCGGUGCAGCUCCUCCUCUUCGAUGUUCUUGCGAUCCACGCGCACUUUUCGCGUGUCGCGCGCCCACCCGUGAGCGUGGCAGGGAUCCUGCACAUGGACGCCGCCGCCCGUCACCCAUGAAGAGCCUCCGCGUCGCGUCGUAACACCCCUAAAAAUCCACCCGAGACGCACAUCUUCCAAUCUCCCAAUCAGACAUCUCCCAACUUUCUUUCUUUGCUUCAACCCUCCUUGGCUCAAGCUCCCACACGUGUGCUCAGCCAUGCCGAACAACACUCGAGUAACCCAGCUGGAGCACAGCAGCGAGCCGGUCACCGAGUCCGUGGCCGACCUGCUAUCUCUGGAGCACCCCAUGGACUACAAGAGCAGUCAGAUGAGCAUGGGGCUCAGUCCGGGCUCCACUGCCCCAGUAAGAGCCCUUCUGCCCUCCCCGGACCCUGACGCUGAGGACGGGAGGCCGGCCUGGAACAAUAAGAUGGAGUACAUCCUGGCGCAGGUGGGCUUCUCAGUUGGGCUUGGGAACGUCUGGAGGUUUCCAUACCUGUGCCAAAAGAACGGUGGAGGUGCCUACCUGAUUCCGUACUUCAUCCUCCUCAUCCUCAUCGGCAUCCCGCUGUUCUUCCUGGAGCUGGCGGUGGGUCAGAGGAUCCGACGUGGCAGCAUUGGCGUGUGGAACUACGUCUACCCCCUGUUGGGAGGCAUCGGGGUUUCGAGCCUGAUGGUUUGCGGCUUUGUGGGCCUCUACUACAACGUGAUCAUCGGAUGGAGCAUCUUCUACUUCUUCCAGUCCUUCCAGUACCCACUCCCUUGGGCUGAAUGCCCGGUCCACAUCAAUGGAACCCAAGCCAUCGUGGAGCCAGAGUGUGAAAAGAGCUCGGCCACCACUUACUUUUGGUACCGUCAGACGCUCAACAUCACCAGCAGUAUCGACGACACGGGCGGCCUGAACUGGAAGAUGACUCUUUGCCUUCUUGUGGCUUGGAUCUUGGUGUGCUUGGCUGUCAUUAAAGGCAUCCAGUCGUCUGGGAAGGUGAUGUACUUCAGCUCUCUCUUCCCUUAUGUGGUGCUCUUCUGCUUCCUGGUGAGAGGUUUGUUGCUGAAGGGCGCAGUGGAUGGAAUCGCACACAUGUUCACACCAAAGCUGGAGAAGAUGCUGGAACCGCAGGUGUGGCGAGAGGCGGCCACGCAGGUAUUCUUCGCACUGGGCCUCGGCUUUGGCGGCGUCAUCGCCUUCUCCAGCUACAACAAGCGAGACAACAACUGCCACUUUGACGCUGCGCUUGUUUCCGUCAUCAACUUUGUCACAUCCAUCCUGGCCACGCUGGUGGUGUUUGCUGUCCUGGGCUUCAAGGCGAACAUCAUGAAUGAGAAAUGUGUCGUAGAGAAUGCAGAGAAGAUCUUGGUGUACCUCAACACCAGCGUGUUGAGUAAAGAGCUCAUCCCUCCUCACAUCAACUUCUCACACCUGACCACGCAAGACUAUGCGGAAAUGUAUGGAGUCAUUAAGACGGUCAAGGACGAAAACUUUGCCCAGCUGGGCCUCGACUCGUGUGUGCUGGAGGACGAACUCAACAAGGCGGUGCAAGGAACCGGUCUGGCCUUCAUCGCCUUCACAGAAGCUAUGACGCACUUCCCGGCCAGUCCCUUCUGGUCGGUCAUGUUCUUCUUCAUGCUCAUUAAUUUGGGUCUGGGAAGCAUGAUCGGGACCAUGACGGGCAUCACCACGCCCAUCCUUGAUGCCUUCAAGAUACGCAAAGAGAUUCUGUGCGUGGUUUGCUGUAUCAUUGCCUUCCUGUUGGGUCUGCUGUUUGUGCAGCGCUCAGGGAACUACUUUGUCACCAUGUUUGACGACUACUCGGCGGGCUUGCCGCUCACGGUGGUGGUGAUCCUGGAGAACAUCUCUGUGGCCUGGAUAUAUGGAACCAAAAGGUUCAUGCAGGACCUGGAGGACAUGCUGGGCUUCCGGCCAUACUCUUUCUAUUACUACAUGUGGAGGUACGUGUCACCGGCCAUUCUAGUGCUGCUCAUCACGGCUACCGUCAUCGAGAUGGUCGUCAGCCCUGCGGGCUACAAUGCCUGGGUGGAGUCAGAGGGCUCUGAGCGUUUCCACAACUACCCUCCCUGGGCUUCAGCCAUGGCCUACUCCCUCAUCGUGGUGGCCAUGUUGCCCUUGCCAGUGGUCUUCGUAGCCCGUCGUUUCAACCUGCUGUCUGAUGGUUCCAACAAGCUGUCCGUGUCCUACCGCAAAGGCAUGAUGAAGGACAUGUCCAACCUGGAGGAGCAGGACGAGCAGCGCUUCAUCCUCAGCAAGAACCCUCGCCAGGCGCCCUCCCCUGUGCCAUCCCAACGCCCUUACCUGGGGCCCGGCGGAACGCAAGAGAUGACCAACACCAACUACGGAACCGGCACCAAGACGGGCUACCAGAACAUCGGCUCACCCGAAUCUGAGCUAUAAUCUGUCAAGCUCAUUUUGUUUUUGGUUUUCAUCACACCUUUACUCAUCGGGUGCAUCAGGUCUAAGUAUGUCCAGUGCUCAUUAGCUCUGAACCCACUUUGUCAUGGCCAAUCCCCCAAAUGAUCAUCAGACUUUGACCACACCCUCAUUCGAUGGCUUAGGCCAAAAAUGCUCACAAUUUUGUGUCACUAAUAUUUGCUUCCAUCAGGGCUUUUGAGAAGAGAGAAGUUUGUUAAAGUAAGCCUUGGAAUUAGCUCAAAAAGGUGGCUUCAAACCAAAUGGCCACCUUCCUGUUCAAUUCCAGGUAUGGGUCCUUGAGACUUUUUGCUGCAUCCUGUCAUGAUUGACAGGUCCACCCAAUUUUGGCAAUUUCUUUCCUGCCAAAGCUGCUGAGCGAGUUUUGGGGGAUUGUGUGGAGGACCCUGAAAUGGGCUAAUAUGGAAAAGAGCACAAUCAAUAUGUGAUCUUUCACUGAGCCACACUGCCAGAAACACAGACUGGCCAAUCACAGCAUAGCACAAAAUAGACAUCCGACACGUGAACUUUGAGUGAUUUAGUUUACUUUUUUUUUUUCAAAUUUUGGUCUCUUGUAUCAAAAUGAAAGUAAGCUUUGGAUCAUUUGAAUCUCAACUCAAUUUUAUAGAAUCACUUUAAAGACAACCACAGCUACAACAAUGAGCUGCACAUAAAUAAAAAAAUGAAGCGUAAAACGUAAGACAAUUGAACACGACAUAAUUUAAAAACAUAAAAAGGGAGGUCAUUCCAGACUUUCCAGCACCAACCGAGAGGGUAGGCAAGGAUCAGAUGAGGUGAGAUCAUUCUGAGAUUUGAAAACAAAUAUCAGAAUCAGUUUUUUUUUCUUUCAAAACAACCCAAAGUCCCAAUCAGUCCAAUUUUUAACCUAUCCAUUUUAAGGGUAUAAGUUAUGGGAUGAAAAUAGACUGAAGGCAGGUACUCGCAACACACAAAUAUUUGUACAAAAAACCUUCCAAAUUCAAUUGUCCAUAACAUGUCCCUUUCUAAAACAGAGUCUCACUUUUCUCGCGCCUUUUUUCCCUCCCUACCUGUUUAACGAAGCGCGGGGGAUUGUGUUUGAUUGCCUCGGUGGGGGAAGUAGAGGUGUGACUCUUGUCUUUUGUGUGAGAGAGACCCUGGUGAACCCUCGGUGUGUAAAAAUAGAAAUGGUGUCGCCCAGGGUGCCGCUUUGGCAACGCGCCUUAGACACCAUGAACAUCAGGAGUGUGCUGCUGUCGCCUGUGCACCUCUUUGCUCAUGAGAUGCUUUACUGUUUAGUUAUAGCAUUGAACCAGAACCUUCGACACAACCUUCAGUAGUCUUGUAGAACGUGUAGAACAUUAAUAGCCACUUUCAGAACCUUGUAGGGGACAACCAGCACCUCCUUGAUAACCUUGAACCUUCUGUAGAACAUCCAGACUUUAAGUACCUCUAAAACCUUCUUCAAGUCACAUUCAGAAUUUUCGUGAUCACCACUAGGAUCUAAACCUGUAGAACCUCUAGAACCUUAAUGUCCAUGUUCGCAGUCUUGUAGCCCACUACAAGACGCGACUUGAUCACCACUUGAACCUGCGAUUCAAUAGGAACUGUAAUUAGGUGGAUUUUGAACAGUCCCUGGCCUUUUAGGGGGGAAGCCUAUGAAUUGGCGUGAGGCUGAGGGUGAUGAUGUUCUGUGCAAGACCUUGCUAGGAACCUUGUAAAGGACUUCAGUGCAGUUGUCCAGACCAGACAGGAGUGGUUAAGGGUUGACAGAUUCAGUAAAUUAAGGCAGCGCAAAUCAAUUGUGCUUCAAUGUCAAUCGGAUUUCUUUCAGAUUGGUAAACCUUAGAUUACGCCCGGCUCUCCAAGACAACAGAAGUUAUGAUAAAAUUAUGGAAAGAUUAAAUAGCUGGAGGUGCUCAUGCAAAAGUUCAUCAGUAAAAUUUAAAGUGCAUUGUACGACCAUUUUUAAAUUUCAUGCAAAAACAUUAUAUCUUACGUUUUGGAGUUUUGAACACUGAUGCAUGUUCUGCUUGCUUUUAGAAUACACAGUUGCAACCACUAGAUGUCUCUGCUGGUUAGCAAAGCUGCCUUCCUGUGACCCUUUCUGAGUGUCCAAAGUUGGAGAGCGAUCAGGUGGUUCGCUGCGUUUAUGCUCUCGUAUUUUAUUGAUGAUGAUCAUGCUGAUAUUCAUUAUUGGUUUCCGUCUACGUCUCCAACAAUGUCAACGUCUCCACGCACUUGUCUGUUUUAUUCAACUUAUAUCUCAUAAUGAUUCUAUAGUUAGUUGCCUCGUGAUAACAGCCACCUUGCACAACAGAAAUGGAAAUUGCAUAAAUGUUGCGCUGUUCAGGAAAGUAAUAGCACACAGCCCAAAUGUUUAAAUUUUGGCCUUGCCGCCAAGUCAAAUGCCCCAAAAAUGUUUUUUACAAUUAAAUUGUAUCGCACAUAAAAUUGCACAUCAAAUUUUACGUAUAUCAACGUUUGAACACAAACGGAUUGUACGGUUUACAAAUGUAUUUUACUUAAAAGUGAAAUACAACUGAACUGAAAUUAGGCUAUGAUUUUGCAAAGCACCACUAAGCAAACUUUGAGAAUCAUCAGUGCAAGGAUUUAUGAUGUCAUCUUGUCUUCUUUAUGGCUCGAGCCCAGGUACAUUUCAGCAAAAGCACAUUUGCGUGAGCACAAAGCAGCAGCUGCGUCUUGCUGCCAGAGCGAUGAGCUGCAGCAGCCGGUGAGCUAAAAAUAUGACCGACUAAUCGGCCAACCAGCCAGCCCGUCAGCCAGUCAGAAUGAAUUACUAUAAGAAACGUAUAGAUCAUGUCGUCUUGGCCGGAGGGACAAGGCUGAAAGCACUAAAAUACAAUCACUGGUUUGCUCGGCCCAAUAAUUUGCCUAUUAUUUGCUCUUUCCAAUAUAAUUGCCAUUGGAAAAUACAAAAAUAAAAAAAGUUGCUCUGAUCAAAAGUACAAUGAAUUGAAUUUGAUUAGACUAUUUUGACAUUUUGUAUCGACGACCAAUGUGUUUGAAGCGUUAUUGGAGUUGACUUCAUGUGUUCCAUCUGAAAGCGAAGAUAUGCUUUUCACCGUCCUUUUUCACUCUCAUUGUUUUCAACCGAGUCAUUUCUCGGUGUCAGAUUAAAAAAGUAAAUAAUCAUAUUUUGACUUUUGUAUUGCUGGGAAAAAAAACAAUGGAUGUAUGAAAACCUUGUUAUUGACCUGUUUGCUCUUCAAAUGCGUAACUUCUUUUAUCCACCAUGUAUGACUAUUUUACCAUGAUUCUGCACAAUUUCCACUUCUGGCCAUUUAUAGCGUGGCACAAAGUGCCAACCCUUGAAUGACUGAUUGGUUGAGUAUGGACCUGUCUCAAUACUUUUGUCGAUGCUUAUUCGUACAGUUCCAACUCUUGGGUCUGUUGGUUUUGUCUGUUGUGUUAAUUGUGAUUAAUAUAUAGAUAUAUCGCAUUUUGAGCCAUAGCCUAUGUAUAGCUUGAAUUAAACUUUCGCUAAGCCACACUCCCGAAAGGCAAAUUGGCCAAUCCUGGCCCAGCACGUUUGUUUUUUUCUAAAAUUAAUCGAGUCUUUAGCUAAAGCUAACAUUGCCAAUGCAAUCCCUCAAAAAUUGACAAGCACAACAUUUUUCUGCCCUAAAGUGAACAAUGAACUUAUUUUAAAAUAACCCAUUGCUGUUUGUCAGCUUUUUAACAAUGCUUAUGUUAGGCAUCUAAAGUGAGGCCUCAUGGCGUCUAUCUGUGGCGCUACGCUAACAAAGCUAGCUACAGGCUCGUGGUUGCAAUAUUGUCUAUAGGCCUUAUCUGUAAAGCUUGUCGGACAACUGUAAGUCAGUACAGGGAACCCCUUGACAUUCACCAACUAACCUCUUCACAUAUAGUUUUGUUUUUCCUGAAAUUCCAUCAAAAUGCUUCUACUGAAGGAGUAGCUAGCAGUGGUCAUCGGCUGACCGCAAACAAGGACGUAAUGAAAGAUUCUAGUAAAGAUCCUAAAAGGUCUCGCUUGAAAGUCGUAAUUGGUAGAUCCAGCAUCCUUGCACUUUCAUUGCCUUUUUGUCCACAAAAUCAAUUCAUCUGGAAGCCAUUUACUU